ACUGCUAAUGUCUUUAUGUCACCUCUACAGUAUUGCAUACGCGUGAGCUUGCUAGCCUAGCCGCUCUUUACAACGUUGAGUUAGUUAGCUCCCAAGAUGUGGAACUCUGCUGCUUGUUCGUGCAUGCGAAGAGUGAGUAAGAUGUUAGUACAAUCCACCAGAUCCUACCACGUCUACACAGCUAAAAGGAGUUCAUCUGCCAAAACGCUAUCGCAUUAUCCCUGGUCGCCAAAUAUUUUGUUAAAUGAUACUUCUUGGAUUAUCGGUGAAGUGACCAGACACAAGUCGAUCCUCUCAGCAUCCUUCGGAGAUCUGAACCCCUUGACAGAUACUGCCAAUGCGACUGACCAGGUAGAUGGUGACGGUCCCGGAGAGCAGUUUGGUACAUUAUCUAGUGAUAUUGGUGCACGGAGGUCGUUCCAAAAAAGUAGCCCAGAAAUACAGAAUCAAUGUUUCCAAGAGGAAGACGGCGAGGAUGAAGUUAAAAGAAGGAAACCUUUCAUGGCCAAAGGGAGGAAUACGACCUAUUGGUACUUCCUACAGUGUAAAAACUUGUUAAAAGAAAACAAGCUUCAGCAGGCUUUGGAUCUAUUUAGCGGAGACAUGUUGAAAAGAGAAAGGUUACAGCCAGAAGAGUAUAACUACACCAUCCUUAUAGGAGGUUGUGGUCGAGCUGGACAACUAAAGAAGGCCUUCAAACUGUAUAAUGAUAUGAAAAAACGGUCCCUGAUUCCAACGGAUGCUACAUACACUGCCCUGUUCAAUGCCUGUGCUCAAUCGCCAUCGAAACAAGCCGGGCUCCAGCAUGCAUUGCAGUUGGAACAAGAACUAUGUCGCAAAAACCACCCAGUUAGCACUAUCACAUACCAUGCCCUCCUCAAGACACACGCCAUAACAAACCACCUUCAAGCCUGUAUUCACACAAUCCGGGAGAUGAUGAAAAACCAACAUGUGGUGACUCAGGAGACAUUUCACUACCUGCUUAUGGGCUGUGUAAUGGAUAAGGAAACCGGGUUCAGACAGGCUCUACAGGUUUGGCGCCAAAUGCUUCGUUCAGGGAUUUACCCAGAUGCUAAAAAUUACAACCUACUUUUGCGUACCGCAAGGGAUUGUGGGAUUGGUGAUCCCACCACUGCUACAAGCCUUCUGCUGAGCCCUGAUUGGGCUGAUCAGAAGGGCCAGGGUGCGGCUAGCAAGAGGUAUAGGAGAGGAAGCAGGGAUACCAUAGACCUUGACCAGUUGGAGAGACAGUUGUUUCUACAGCCUGGAGCAGGUGGCGACCGCAUGUUAACCACUGACGGGAAUGACCAAAAAGGCAGUGCACAUGUCACAGUUGCAGAGAUGGUGCCCUACAACAGCUUACCAGAGGUCCACCGCAUGGUUGUAGUUGAGGGAGUACCUCAUGACUCUCCUUCUUGUCAGCCAGUGCCCGUAGUGGAGCCCCCUAACCUGUUGGAGCUUUUUGAGAGGAGGGGAGGGGCCACGGUGUCCAUCGGCACGGUGGACGGCGCCACUGACCGACUGGCGCUGAUAGGUGGAGGUAAAGGUUUCCUGGACAAGAUGGUCUCUAGCGGCCUCAGUCCGGACCUCCGAACCUUGACCCUCCUCGCCGAUACCAUGGAGCCAGGCAGCCAAUCGCUGCAGAUGCUCCUACAGGGGGCCAAGCUGCACAAAGUGAAGCUCGACGUAGCAUUCUUCAAUACCGUGAUUCGCCGCUCAGCUAAAGCCGGUGACCUGGAUGCAGCAAAGGCUGUUUUGCGUGUCAUGUACCAGAGACAUGUAAAUACAGACGUGCAGACUUACGGUUGUCUUGCUAUGGCAUGUAACCAGAAGACGGAUGGUCUUCAGUUGCUCAAAGACAUGGAGGUUGCCAGAUUGAGGCCUAAUGUCCAGGUAUUCUCUGCUCUGAUUGGGCGGGCAUCUCGGAGGCUGGACUACAUCUACCUGAAGUUACUACUGGAGAAAAUGGCUGAAUUAAGAGUGUGGCCUAACGAGAUUAUCAUCAAACAGCUGGAAUUUGCUGCACAGUAUCCCCCUAGCUACGACCAGUUCAAGAAGAGGAACAACUACCUGAUUCAAAUUGAUGGUUUCCGUGGUUACUAUCAGCAGUGGCUUAUGUCCAUGCCUGCAGCCAAGGGGGCCGAUACAGAGCAGACAGACGGACAGGCUGGGACAGACAUGGCUCCAGAACAAGAGCAACCUGAGACUGAUGGAGUGAACAUUAAGCAGAUGAACCAGAAGGCGGCAUCCAGGAGAUUUAAUUCUAGAAAGACAAGCGGGCAGAGGAGCACGGCCUCAAUAUAAAACACUUGCAAAGGAAAUCGGGAGAAAACCUUUUGGAAAUGUACUUUAUUUGAAUAGGGUCAAAGCUGUGCCUCUUUGAGUGUAAAUGCUGUGUAUUUAUUUAUCCAGCCAUCUAAUUGGUUGGACAAAGUUUAUUAAAAUCUACGUAAUGGACCUGUAUGAAUUGAAGAAAAAACCACUGACACUUUCAACUGAACUAUCCUAUAUUUACGCAUAAUUGGAAUUCUGCAUUUUCUCUGCAUAAAAUAUUUCUGCGCCAUAUUACAUAAAAAAUUUCAUACUUUUGAAUCUUUUUCUUUUUUUGUACUGUUGAUUUGCCUUUUUACAGUGUUCUGCUACAACAUUCAACAAAUAAAAGCUGUAGUUUUUUUAUUAUUUAA